UUCCUGAUUCCAUUGGCUUUGCUUUCUGAAUAAAAAAAAAAGGUUUUGUUUUUGUAAUUUCUUGUUUGCUAUACAGUCCCAUGUUUGAUGAUUCAAACUUGUAUUUCUUCCAUUGAAAAUUUGUCUUAAAUACAAUAUUGCUUAUAUUGUUUUGUUCAUAUCAUUGUGAUUGCAUGUUGUAUCCCAUUUAAAGAUGUGAUUAGGCUCUGCAAGUUGGAUUUUUUUCUUCUUAAACUGUUGAAAAGGUUGCUGCUCCACUUUACAAGCAACUAAUCAAAUUUGGCUUGGGAUCAAGGAUGAGUUGUAAAAUUUUGGACUUUUUAUGUGUUUGAUCAUGUUAGAGCUAAGAAGAUGUAUACUAAUCAUAUGUUGAAUUAUUUUGUAUCAUGUUAAAAUGCAUAAAAGAGUGUGACAGUAGAAGAUUGCAGUGAGAUAUAGGCUUGAAACAUAAACACGAGGUAAUUUCUUUCCAACUUCUUAAGUCUUGGAGGCAGAGUUACCUGGUAUCUGUGUUGGUGGGAGGUAUCACGUAUCUGGUCGAAUUAGGUAAGGUGUGCAUAAGUUGGCCCAAACACCACCAUCAUAAAAAAUAUAUAUAUAUAGGCUUGAAAAACCAGUUCUACUUAUUGAGUGGUGAAAGCUGUCUAUGGGGCUAUCCUAUCAAGUUACCCCCUCCAUUCCACUUUGUCUGACUCUAUUUCCUUAUUAGUCCGUUCUAAAAAGAAUGACAGGUUCCUAUACUUCUUUAAUGAGAAGCUUUUAUAGCCACACAAAUGCUAUGUCAUAUUCAAGAUAACAAGUUUCAACAAGUCUUCCUUUCUUGUUAAACUUUGGGCCAAGUCAAACUAUGACAAACAUAGUGAAAUAGAGGGGGUAUUAGAUUAGAAUGCAAUUUAUAUCCACCGACAGUGUAAAGAACUUUAUAUGCUCAUCCAGAUUACAUGCCCACUGAUGUGUGUUUAGCCGCCAUGGCCUUCAUAUCGGAGCUGCUCAUAGAUGCUAGAAUUUGGAUAGACGAAAUCCCAAAGCAUCAAGUGUAUUGACUGUCUAUGAUCUUGCAAUGUCAUUGCUUUUCUCUGAUGAUGAAAUAUCCUCUGGAUUUGGUGUUUUAGUGCUGUUCAUUUUACCAAUCUUUACCAGAAUAUGUGAGUAAAACACCAUCUAGUGUUGCAUCAAUCCCAUUUGACGAAUAUAUCGAUCCUACCUAGCCUAAAAAGCAUCAGUGUGGAGAUAGACGAUUUUGAAGAAUGGAUUCUGAGCUGGUACUACAUACCGGUGGAUGUCACUGUAAAAAGGUAAGAUGGCAAGUCUAUGCACCAUCUAGCAUCGUUGCCUGGGAUUGUAACUGCUCUAACUGCUCCAUGAGAAAAACCACGAACUUCGUAGUUUCCUCGGAGAGAUUUGAACUUCUCGGGGACUCCAAAGAGUUCCUUACAACUUAUACAUUUGGGACACAUACAGCUAAACACACCUUCUGCAAAGUUUGUGGCAUAACUUCUUUCUUUAUUUCACGAUUGAAUCCAGAUGGAGUAUCCGUUACAUUAUGGUGUGUUGAUCCCGGUACGCUAAAACAUGUUGAGAUCAAAUGCUUCGAUGGACAAAAUUGGGAAAGCUCGUACGAGCAAACUGUCAUUGCUUCGUGCUCGAAGGCAACAAGUGAAGACUCAAAAUGAUAUCUGACUUUUUGGUUUGAAAGUCGUUUUUCACAAAUCUGUAUUGUAAUAAUGUGACAGUUGAUCAAGUUUUCUUGAUUCAUCUUGUCUUGUUUUUCACUAUGUAUUGUAAUAAGUUGAAUUCAUCUUUGAAAAUGAUGUUAUUUGAUACA